AUGAAGAGAGACGGCGAAAAAGUGACAGAUGCUGACAGCGCGAAGAAGGCGAAAAAUGAGGAAAUUAGCGCCACACUUGGCGAAAUAUUGGAGGUCAACGACAUGCCUACCAUGUCGCAGGGAAAGUGGAAGAACAAGACCAGAUGCUUGAUCUUUGGAUCAAGAGGCCUUGAUUACCGAACUCGUCAUUUUAUGCAAGACCUUCGAAACAUUAUGCCACAUUCCAAAGCCGAUGUCAAGCUCGAAAAGAAAAACGACCGGGCGAUCAUAAAAGAAAUCGCAGAAAUGAAGAACUGCUCGAAAAUCCUGUAUUUUGAAGGGCGUAAAAAGAAGGAUCUCUACAUAACAGUGGCUGAUGUUGAUGAAGGGCCGACGAUUCGAUUCAAUGUCGAGGGGUUGAACACGAUGGGUGAAUUGAAAUUUUCAGGAAACUGCCUAAAGGGCUCUCGCCCCCUGCUCGUCUUCGACCAUCACUUCGACGAAGAACCUCACUACGCCCUCAUCAAAGAAAUGUUCACUCAGGUCUUCGGCACUCCCCGCUAUCACCCCAAAUCGCAGCCAUUCAUCGACCACGUCCUCAACUUCUCCAUCCUCGACGACAGAAUCUGGAUCAGAAACUAUCAGAUCAUCUUGGAAGGAACGAACAAGGUCAAGGAUCAGAAGUUUGAGCCUGAGACGGUUGAAAUCGGACCGCGACUGGUGCUGAACUUGCAAAGGAUUCAGGAGGGACCGUUUUCGGGGCCAGCGAUCUAUCUCAAUCCAGAUUAUGUGAGCCCGAACGAGCGAAGACGCGCCCAAGGCUACGGCCAAAAGGGCAAGAGUUACAUGAACAAGGUCAUCGAAAGAGAAGCAAAGGAAGAGCACAAGAAGAACCUGCCAGAAGCGCCGAAGCACGUUACGGAUGAAAUCUUUGUAAAUAACUAA